CUGCGCGGCGGGUGUGAGGGCUGCGGACCCUGCGGCGAGAACGACCUCUCUUUCCUGGCGCCUCCAGCACGAGCAUGCCCCCAGAAUGACCACCGAGAGACCCGUCACAUCCCGGUUGUUCACGACGUCGGUUAUCGAAGGCCGGAUCGACCUAGACGAGAAAUUCGAUAAGGCGUACAAUUGUGUUAUAAACCUAACCCGUGGUUUAACGGAAGAAGAGUCUCAUCACGCUCUAAACAAAGCCUUAGAUGAUCGCAAAGUGCAUGAUGAGGUUUGUUUAGGCCUGCUCGUCAGCAUUCUAGCUGACCCAGCUAUAGCUCCUCGGCAUUACCAUGAUCUGACACUGGUGUCCAGAGACUCCCUGAAAGUGGUGACAGAAACCCUUAUACACCAGAUCAUCGGUGAGAGAUUUUCCCGUUUAUCGGAGAGCACAAGAAGACAACUUUUGUGGCUAGUCCGGGAGCUUGUCAAGACAGGCAUUAAUAAUGUGGAAGGUGUCGUUUGGUGUCUCCUUCGGCAAAUCGCUGGGGGGGAUGUGUCACCGAAGAAUGUGUGGUUGGCCGAGAGUUUGGUCGAUAUACUUAGAGAAAAUAGACCAUGGUUAGAUAAAUUUCCUGUGAUAGUGGCAUCAGUAGCCUAUACAUAUCUCCGCAUCUUGGAGGAUCACCAUGGGCCACAGUUUGCUAGUCUCAGACAAAAAGAAGUGACAUUUGUGGUAGGCCUCUUAAGAGAGAGGUUUCAGGAUUGUCUGAUGAUUGGAAGAGAUUUGGUGCGGCUACUGCAAAACAUUGCCAAAAUCCAGGAAAUAGAAGCCUUCUGGAGAGAUUUGAUUCACAACCCCACAUCUCUGUCGGCAGGCUUCACAGGAAUUCUCCAGCUGCUCCAGACAAGAACAUCUCGCAGAUUCUUCGUGGUUCGUUUAACACCGGAAAUGGAGAAGAAGAUGGUUUUCCUAUGCACAGAUGUCAAAUUCGGCAUGCAAAAAAGAUACCAAGAAUGGUUCCAGAGACAGUACCUGAACACCCCAGAGAGCCAGACCUUGCGAUGUGACCUAAUCAGGUUUAUUAUUGGCUGCAUCCACCCAUCCAACGAGGUCCUCUGUUCGGACAUUAUUCCACGCUGGGCAGUGAUUGGCUGGCUUCUCUCCUCGUGUACAUCCCCGGUUGCCACAGCCAAUUCUAAGUUAGCCUUGUUUUAUGAUUGGCUCCUUUAUAACACUGAAACAGACAACAUCAUGAAUAUUGAGCCAGGAAUUCUCGUCAUGUAUCACUCCAUCCGGCCCCAUCCUGUCCUCACCACUUCGCUCCUGGAUUUCAUUUGCCGGAUCAUCCCAAAUUUCCACCCACCAUUGGCUGAUAAGAUACGAAGUGGAGUUUGUAAUUCACUAAAACAGAUCCUUGAGAAAAGAGUUGUACAGUCACUUGAACCACUUUUUGACAAUCCUCGUAUGGACACUGAGCUGCGAAAGCUCAUACGUGAUACAUUCCCUGAAUUUUGUGCAAACUCUGCAUCUGGAGACGUAAAACCAGAGGACUUUGUUGCCCCGGUCUCGUCGGCAAAUGUCACCAGAAUGGACCUCAUGGUUGAGACCGGUCUGGACUUUACAACAUCAUCAGUGAACAGUGACAAUGAUGUUAAUAAUAGUAACCACAUUGGUGAGGACGAAGCAAUGUUCAGUGAUGAAGAGGAAGAGCCUCCCACGUCUAAAACCCCUCCACCACCACCAACCGCCAAAGUCAAAGUGGAAGAAAAUGUUGUUGCUGUCCCAGUGACCGAAGGGGUGGAGGUGAAAGCCAAAGUAAAUGAUGUGAAUAGUGUGGAGGAAAAAGUGGACAUAAGUAAACACUUGGAAUUUCUGGAUAGUGAAUUGAGGAACAUUCUUGUGGAGUUGCAGAAUGAGAAGGACCCUCAGCCGAGAUGUGACCAGCUUCAGAAGGUGUGCAACCAUCUCUUAAGUGAGGACCUAGCUCAGGACGAGUUAUCAAAUUUAGCAGCAUGCCUGUGUCACAUCUUGCACGACGACCUGCAUCCUGGCUGUUCACUCCUGCCUCAAGACAUCAGCCCAGAGGGUAUUCAGGAAAGCCUCGGGCGACCUCUGUACGUCCUCUUUGACAACCUUGUCAUUCUUCCUGAGGAUGAUCGUCGAAGACAGCCUCAGCUGCAGUUACUGGUAGAGAUGCACAAGAUUUCACAGCAAGUUGGCUAUCACUUCCUGUACUUCCUCAAAUCAUCAAACAUCAAAACAGAGAAAGUCCAAGAAAAUAAUGAACGUUAUUUCCUCAUCUACCGUGACCUGUACAAAGCGGCGGGCCUGAAGGACUUUGCAGGAUUCAUAAUCAGAGACCUGCGGCUGUGUAGCGAGGAAGAUCCUAGAGUGCUAAGCUGGAUUAUACCUGAUAUAUACAAUAGCUUUACCAAACAGACAAUGGGAAAUGCUGAGCUGUUACAGUUAGUGUUAGAGAGACUAGACUCAUCACAGUUACACGAUUUAGUGUGCAUGGUCCUGCAAGGAUCCUUGCAAAUGUUUGACAACAAUUCUUUUGCAGCAAUUUUAGAAAAAAGUUUGCAGUGGGAGACGGUAGAACAACUCUUUUUGUGGCAACUCGCCAAGGCUCAUGAGAUCCCUGUCGACUGUUGCUUGUCUGUGAUGCCGAAGCUCAAGUUUACCUCACAUUCUGCUGUUGUCACGAACACCCAUGGGGAGGCACUUUCUAAUAUCCUCAUGAUGCUACGAAGAGAAUCUCCAUCAGAGGUCCUGCUAAGAACACUGCUUCAAAGAGAAUGCAGGCUGGAGGACCCAACAGUGGCUACCAUCCUGCAGUAUUGGGUUCAACGCUAUGAAGACAAGAUGGCAAAGCUUAUCAAUGAUGUUGUCAACAACAAACCGCAGCCAUCGCCAAACAAACGGAAACGUAACCAAAGUACAAAAGCCAGUGCAGUCCCAUUGGACCAAGUGUUAUCACAUUUGAACCAUUUGCGGACAGCAUGCGGUCAAACAACAUUUUUUGCAUUAACUACCAUGCAGGACACACUGCAAACAGCCCAAAAUCAGUGUACUGAAACGCAGAAGAAAAAAUAUUGUGAUUUGUUUGCCCUUAUUGAAGAAGAGGAAGAGGAAGAGCCGGAGCCUGAACCUCAAAGAAAAACCAAGUCGAAUCGAGGCAGAAAACCAAAGGGACGGAAGAAACAGGAAUCAGAAAGCGAAGAAGAGAGUAGUGAGGCAAGUCUCCAGAUAGAGGAAGAUGUCAAAAAGCCAGCAAGAAAACGGAAGAAGAAUAACCAAGUGGGCUCGGACAGUGACUAGCCAGGGUCACCACGGGACCACAGCCCCUCCCCCCCCCCCUCGGGAACAAAACCAAGCACUCUUCAUCUGUGAUGUGAUAUAGUGGUAGCCUUAUUUUUUUUUCUCUUUUUUUUCUUUUUUUUUUUUUUUUCUUUUUUUUUUUUUGGUGAACUGAGAGGAGAAAGUUUUAUUUCUUCCCCAGUGAGAGACAGUUCGUCUUCUCAAAAGGUUAUUUUUCCCCCUAAUUGAGCUGUGGACACCAGAAGAACUUUCCUCAGGCAAAGUAGACAGAUAUGGAAUUGUUAUCAAUUUCUUCAAGAUGUUGUACUGCAAUUGUGUGACAGUAUCGGCAUGCAUGUGAUGAAUGUCUGUUGCUUUGUUGAUGCCAGUGAAAGUGACGGAAAUUCUGUGGGGAGAUAAGCACAUAGGAAAUUGCAUAUCAAGUAAGUGAUACAGGAAUAUAACUGCAUUUCACAAACCAUUAGAAACAGUACCCUCCAGCCAAAGAAACAGAUUCAGAAUAUUGUUCGUUCUUUAUUAUUGUUUUUUUUUUUUAUUAUUUUUCAUUGGGAGAAAAAGAUCAAUUGUGUUUUCCAGUGGUAUAUACUGUAUUUAGCUACCAAAGCCCAUCAGUUUGUUUGUAAGGAGGAUUUAUCACUUAAAUGAAAUUAUUUACAAAUUUAAAGAUAAAGUUGAAACACAGUUUUCUUCAUUAUUAGGCACAUGAAACACCAUAGGGAAUAUGUAUGUCCUAGAAUGUCAAUUCAGUAUCUAAUUUGUAAACUUGGCUGUCAUAAACUGACACAUUACAGCCUUACACCUAGAGAUGAGACAAUUUUUUUAAGGAAUUGGCAGUGUUUUUUAACGGCAAUAUAUUUUAAAAAGCGAUACAGGUCAACACAAGGCAUAUAUUAAAUUCUGAUCUUUCUUCAUACAACAUUGAUUGUCUAGUGUACAAAGAAAUAGAAUAUGAAAUUGAAGUCUGAGCAUUAUAUUAAAUUAUUCAGUUGGUAUCAGCUAUUCACAAGAUUGCUCAAGGUGUCAGGUGACUACUGCAUUCAUAUUGUAGUGCUGUAUUACAUAGUGAAUUGAAAAAGAAGGUUGAGAAAUAGGAUUUUAAUCUAAAAGUCAUUAGUAUCAAACAUCUCACUGCUUCUGGAAUUAUCAGAAAAUUUACAACACUCUUUGAUCCCUACAGUCAUUAGGGAGGAAAGAAAGUCAGAUAUAUCACCAGAUAUUUGGUAAAAGAUAUAUAUAUACAUAGAAAUAUGUUCCAUAUGACAGGUAUACCAUUGUGCCAUUGUAAAUCUGCAUUUUGUGUUAUUAGGGAUUGCCACCUGCACAGGUAGUUUCAAGAAAGCUUUUGGUUUUCAUCUGUAAUGAAAAUGAAGUGCUUAGAAAUUACUUUGAGGUUAUUGGAUCCUUUUAUCUCAAUAUGAUUGUUUAUGGUUUGCAGUGGCUUUGCUCCAUCAAAAGUGAUAGGUAAUAUGUUUGAGAAAUAUUUUAUUAUUAUUAUUACUUUUUUUUUUUCUUGUCAUUUGCAGUUACAGACUCUAACAUUUGGAGCACAAAUGUUUACAAAAUUGAUAAAGGAAAAUAUCAGUGUUCUAUUGAAGACAGUGUCAUGGAAGGAAAGUGCAAGAACUAGACAGUUAAAAAUUUGAAGACGAGUAGACAAUGCCUUAACUGCUGUCUGUUUAUACAACAAACACUCUAUUCUUUGUUAAGAUAGCCAAACCCCAACCAGUUUUAGAUGUGCUAAAACAGAUUUAUAUAAGAUUAUUAAUAAAACUCGAAAAUAA